AUGGAGCAUAUGAACGGUACUUCUCUACCCCAGCUGCCGGAAGAGAUGCUCAAAUUCGUUCUCCAACAUGCCGCCGCUUCAGAGACCAGCGCAAGGCUAGGCCAAUUGACCUUUCGCGGGCGACCCCCUAUUAGCACACCAUACUACAUUGUCCCGACAUCCAGAGGCGUAGUUCCUCACCUGUCGCAAGAUAAUCUGCAAAAACAUACGGGAAUAUCGGCAGUAUUCGUGCCUUUGGAAGACUUCAUUGAGAAGUCGCAUGCCAAUGCCCCUAUCUACAACACCCCCGUUGAAAAUGGCGGAUCUCCUCUACGACGGUAUAUCGGCCUCCCUGACCGAUGUUUGUCCAUCCUAGGCCCACGGAGGGUUCCAAGCAUACCCUGUCCCGCGCAUAAUACGAACUCGUCCAUCGCGAUUUCGACAUCUGUUGGAUUCGGAUUCCUGGAGGCGGAGCAGUACCAUGAAGCGAUCAGGACUUUAAAAGCAGAUAUUUCGACGAGCCUGGCGGAUUUGAUUGCCACAGAGACCGCCAGCGUCAAGAGAUUUGAAAAGAGCGCCGACAGAACGCAUGCCUGGCUUCGGGAUAGUAUUGAAGCCCGAGGGGCGCAGACUUCAUCCCCAUUCUUCGCUUCUGUCCCUCCCCUAGAACCAGAACGAUUGUCCCUUUAUUUUUCGGAUCUACAAGAUGAAUACAAGUCUCGCAUAUCAGGACUGUGCAUCUAUUUACCGUCAUCGGUGGCAGAGCUACCGCAGAGUCUCAGACAAACUCCCACAAUGUGUCUAAGUGACCCAUUAACACCACAAGCAUUACUCGUGGCCAUACACCAAGGGGUGGACCUAAUGACAGUGCCAUUCGUGACGCGGUCUUCGGAACAUGGCAUUGCGUUGUCAUUCUUAUUUCCUGGCUCUUCAGAUACACAAACCAAACCUCUAGGAACUGACCUUUGGUCCACUACCCACGCCACCGACCUUUCACCUCUCAGUCCAGAUUGUACAUGCUACUCCUGUACACGCCACCACCGAGCCUAUGUCCACCAUCUUCUACAAGCCAAUGAAAUGCUAGCAUGGACACUGCUCCAGAUCCACAACUACACGGUCAUCGAGUCCUUUUUCCACAGCGUUCGGCAGAGUAUCGCGCGCGGGACGUUCAAGGAAGACAUCAACACGUUCGGGCGCACGUAUGAGUUCGAGAUCCCGAAACAAACAGGCCAAGGACCGAGGGUAAGAGGGUAUCAGAUGAAAAGCGUCGGCGGGGGCGAGCCGAAGAAGAAUCCCAAGGUGUACGGCAAAUUGGAUGAUCAAGUGCAGAAGCUAGCGGAGGCGGAGUCGGGAAUAGCCACUCCAGAUGGCAGUGCCGAGGACGUCGAGGCGCACGGAUGGGCCCAAAAACUGGAGUAG